CAAAAGAGCUCGAAUGUAUUCUUUGACAACAAACGCCAGCUGCUGAACAUACAAGAUGGCCUUUGUGUUUCACGUUGAAUUUGGAAUGAACGACACUCCUCUGACCCAGGCUUUAGAACAAGGGAACUACGCUACUGCAGAACGUUUUAUUAUUGACUGCCCUAACGCUUCUUAUUUGGAUGAUGGAUGCUAUCAGCGAACUCCUUUAUACAUAUGUCUUUGUGGUGUAGAUGAGUUUCAUCAGAGAGUUGCUACUCGUAACUUCUAUCUUGCACAGCUACUUAUAGAAAGAGGAGCCAAUGUGAAUCACAGAGUACCAGUGACAAAUUUUGGUUCUGAGUACAUCAGCCCAGGAAAGUCUAGCCUAGAGCUGCUGGUUGAUUUUUUCAUUGACCUGACAAGAGUGCCUGAUGUUGAUGAUCCAGACUCCCCCUGGCACCCACAUCAGAGAGUAUGGAACCCCCUGACUGAGCUAGUUGUUGGUUUAAACAAGCAAUAUAUGAUGUCUAAAGAUGAUGUGAAGGAGGAUGUUAAAGAUCUGAUAUUUAGUAUACUAAGGCACGGUGGUGAUGCCAAUGUUCUGGACGAGGGAAAGAUGACCGUUGUCCAUCGCCUGGCUAUGUACAGUCACGACAUGUCUCUGUUGAGCAUCCUGUGUGACAACGGAGCAGAUAUCAGCAUGGUGGAUGGCAAUGGUAACACUCCACUCCUAGCGCUGUGCAACGUGGCUGCUUUUGAAAGUGACAACAGCUAUGAUGUGUCCCCUGCAAGUGAAAGCGACAUUGCCAGAAAAGCCCUUUUUGAAGAUGAUUUCAAGUCUAAAUUGAGCAUAAAAUAUGAUUUUCUGCAUUAUCUUUUGAAGAGAAAAGAAACAGAUGUGAACCAUCAGAAUAACUUCGGACAAACUGCAUUGUUCCACUGCAUCCUUAGAGAAGAUUUGAAAAGCGCCAAAACACUCCUAGACGCAGGGGCUAGUCCAAGCCUGCAGUGCUUCGUGUGGGAGACUCGGAGAAAAAAAAGAAAACUUUCAGCUUUAUUUGCUUCCUUCAUGACCAUUCCACUACAACAGUCUCUACUUCACUCAAGCCUUUAUGAGCAAGCCACAAAAGCCCCUCAGCCUAUAUCAUAUUUGGUAGAUUCAGGUUACUUUAAUACCAGAGAGGUAAACAGGGAGCUGUCACACCUGAUUGAGCACGACUUUCCAGAAUUUUCUCACCUCCAGUCCUACGCUGGCACCCUCACCCAGCUCAUGUUUGGCUACAGGUGUGCCUCACUCAAACAACUGGCAGCACGGAAAGUUUUCCAGUGUUGCUUCAUUGAAAGCACAGCUUGCCUUCACACCAUCCUGCCUGUCUCGUCCAUCCAAGAAAACUUUCUCGCCCACGAGCUUCUCACCAACCCACCCAAGUACGAAGAAUACAUCACCCUGGUCUUAAACUGCACUGUGCUGCGCCGCCUUCUAGAACUAGUACAGCUACCACAUUCCUUAUUAAUUCACUUUGAGGCUCAACUACUGUAUCUACGCAUGUCUUUGAAGUUCUGCGCUCUGCAAGCUCAACGCCCCAUGCACAACAGCAUGGUGCGCAACAUCUUUGACUUGGUCAGCGAUGACAGCGAUGCUGAUGAUAGCGAGGAUGCUAAUGAUGAUUCCAGCGGAAGCUAUGACUCUUCAACAGAAGAAGAUAUAGAAGGGGAUUCAGAUCUAGAAUAUUGGUGACCAUACAUUCCGUCAAAGUUUCAGCCCUUUUUGUUUAUUAUUUCUAAAUAUCUAGCUUAAAUGUUUGCUCCUUGUAACUGUAUUGUAAAAGUGUAUUUGGAUUUAUUUUUUUAAUAAAUAUUUUAGAUUACAUUUGCGUACUUUGAAGCAUUUAGUAAAAUAGAGUCUGCAUUUUAUAUUGCAUUUAUGUAAUUAGAAGAGCAAGUUAUAAUUGUUAAAUGUGAUUUUUUUUUUGUGUUGGCGCCUACUGUAAAUCACGUACUAUUUCUUCUUGGUUUUAACAAGAAUUGUAAUAUUUUUUUUUUAAUGUAUGAAUAUUUUGAUGAUUUCCGCUUGAUUUUUCUGUACUGUUAUCAUGUUUACAAAUCAAUACUCAAAUGCUUUUAACGAAUCUAAUGGUAUUAAAAUACAUACAUAUAUAAAUAAGAUAUUUACUAAUCAGAUAUGUGAGUUGAUCUUGAUACAAUUUCAAUUAUUCCACCCAUUGCUGUGAUUGUUAUUGUGGAUGAAGAUUUAUUGAUGCUAAGAUUGGAUUUAUCAAAAUUAAAGACGUAUAAGGAUUAGUGUAUCAUGUUGUAAAUUAUGCAAAAGCAGUGUAAGUAUAUGAUAGCAUUUCAAGGUUUAUAAAUAAGACUGGGUUGUCCGUUUACAAACUGUUUAUGACUAACAUAGCAUAAUAAUUUUUGUUAUGGUUUAGAUUAAAUCUUAAGAAACAGAGUGAUGUAAGAAUAUUUCAGUUUUUAAUAGAAAACAUUGAACAGACAGGGUUUCCGUGAAUUAUUACAGAGGAUUUGAAUAAAUCAUUGUCGCUGUGUUUAAUAUGAUAUAAUGUGGUGAAUCCAGAUUUGUAAUCUUAUAGUCUUUGAAAAAACGUUGAAAAAUUCAAAAGCUAAAUCAUAAGUAGUUUUAAAAACGGAACUAAAUAUACAUGAUACCUUUUUAAAUUUAUGCUAAGUUAACUUAUUAUUUUUUUUUUACAUGUAUGUUUUUGAAUGCUUUAUUUUAGUCAUAAAUUCUUUUUGUAUAGUAAAACAAAUUUAACUCAUUUUGUUAAUGAACAAAUAUUACUCUUGCAUUGUUUCCCUUAGGUGGGAAAAUCUUUGUUUCUAGUUAAAUACAAGAUAUGUAUCGAAUAUACUUAUAUUUUAAUUUGUAUGUCUAUGUGGCUCUAAUAGAUUAUUGGAUAAUUGCGCAUUGGAAAUCCAAGCACAAAGCCUGGGCCUUAGGUUGAGAAGAGCCAGAUGUUGGACCCCCCCCCCCACCUCUCUCCCACACAGCUGAUGGACCCAAGAAACAGGAUGUUACCUUUACAGCCUGGAAUCAGCAGUGUCGCAGGAGCUGCCGAAAAGAAACUUGAGUUGGUAUUCCUAUCGCCUAAGGGGCUUGACUCCUGUUUGAUUUCUGAGUUAGCUCUCCUAGAUGGGUUACUGUCCCCAGCCUCAUCUACCCAAGGGUUCAAACUACUGACUUUGGGGUUGUCAACCAAGUGCUUACCCACCCGACCAGUCUAACUGAAUUUGUAUAUAGAGUUUAAUUAAUCAUUUCAGAUUUUAUUUACAGAAUAGUUUCUUUAAAAUAUGUUUUAAUUUCUACUUUUGUAUUAUUAUUUUAACAUUAGGUUUAACGUUUUAAAUAUUUAGCCUAUAUAAUAUAUAAAUAUAGUUUAUUUUUUAACCAUAUUAUUACUGGCUAGAAAUAACUAUCUUAUUUGAAUGUAAAUGCUGUAUACAGAGUAUAUGAAAUAAUUGUGAUGUAAAAAUGUGAAAAAAAAAUAUCUGUGAUAUAUUGCUAUUGAUGGCUAAACUUUAUAAAACUUUUACAACUUUAUAAAUAUUUAUUCCUGUGAACUAACAACCUUUAAAGUUCAUGAAUGCUUUAUGGUAACCAGGUGCCACCUAAUGUUUUGAUAUAAAUCUUUACAAGUGUGCAAGCUUAAAUAUACUUUAUUAGAUUUGAAAUUGUACAUUGAUGCAAGAAAAGAGUUGAAACAAACAUUUUGCCUUGAGCUAUAUAUGAACUAACACAAGCUUAAAAUAUGUGCUCUUAAUUUAAUUUGUUUAUUGUUUUAUGAUAUUUUGGUGUCUUGCAGUUUAUUCAGUUUGUAAACUUCUUAAAAUGUCUGUUUUUUAGUUUAUUAUUUCAUAAAAUUAUUAUCAGAAUAAUUAUAGCUUGCUAGAUUGAGUUCUAUUUAGUUAUAUUUAAGCUGGGGAGCUUAGCUUUAACAUAGCAGUUCUUGUCAUUAACACAAGACGUCACUGAGCUACAUAAGAUUUUCUACCUUAUCUUAAAAAUACUUUGGUUUUGUAAGUAGCUGUUGACUGUUGUAUGGCUAGUUGGUUGUGAAAAGUGUGAUGUUUGCUUUUGCUAUUUGGUGAUGAUGUCCGCUGACGGUUCUAAAAUUUCUUUCCAAACGUGUUUUUAAAAAUAUUAUACGGUA